AUGAUAAAACAAAAAAGAGAAAAUGGAUCCUAUUUUCCCAAUAACACAUAUUUUCAACAACAACAAAAUAUCGAAAAUCAUCGUGCACACGAUGAAAUUGUCGAUCUAUGGACAGAUGUUUUAGCCAAGCGAAAUUUAUCCUCGUUGGGCGAUGAGAAAUGGUUAAUUCUUGAACAAGUCUUCAAAUCGGCAUUACAUUGUUCAAAGCAAUCCAUUGCUCGCCAUUGUCUCGAUCAAUUAGAAAAGCAGUUUAAAUCGACAAGUCGUCGUGUAACAACGCUAAAUGCAAUGUAUCACGAAUCUAUCGAUGAUUUCAAAAGCGCCGAUGACAUUUAUUCGAAUCUAUUAGACGAAAACGAAACAGAUGCCAUUGUUCAAAAACGACAAAUUAGUCUUUUGAAAGAGAAAAAUCAAAUUCGUGAAGCAAUUAGUAAACUAAACACAUAUUUACAACUUUAUCAAGCUGAUCAAGAAGCAUGGAGUGAAUUAUGUGAUCUUUAUCUUUCUGAACAUGAAUAUGUGAAAGCAUCAUUUUGUGCUGAAGAACUUCUUCUGAUUAAUCCACAUAAUCAUCUAAAUCAUGAACGUUAUGCUUCUAUUCGUUAUUCACAAGGUGAUUAUGAAGGUGCGCCAUCAUAUUAUUUUAGUGCAUUAAAAAUCAAUCCAACAAAUAUUCGUGCUUUAUAUGGAAUUAUAUUAACAUCAACAAAUCUUGCUACGAACAAUUCUUCUUCGAAUUCUCGAUCGAAUGAAAACAAUCAAGGUUUUACUGAACAAAUUCAAUGGGCACGUGAACAAAUCACUCAGAAAUAUCUCGAAAUGUUGAAAUGGAGUUGCAAAAUAAAUAUCAAACAUUAUCAAAUCGAUAGCAAUAAAACAACACGAAGUAUCUAUCUUUAUAACAAUAUACUUGCUCAAGAAUUAGAACAGAAAAUCGAACAAUAUGCAUCAAUGCAUCAUCGAAUUUAUGAACUAGAAAAACAAAUAUCUGACACUCAAAAUGAACUAGUUAAUGAACAAGUUGAACAACAUUUGCUUGAUCAAUCUUCUAGUGCUGGUGUUAGUCGAAAACCGUUUGUAUUAUUUUUUUAA